GAGGCUGGACCCCGCGACGUCCCGCUCUUGCCGCCACGCGCCGCUCCCCUUCUCCCCUUCUCCGCCCCCUCCAAUUCCCAGGGGACGGGGACGGGGACGGGGACGGGGACGGGUCGGCGGUUUCCCACCUUUCCACGCCACCAUUCUCCUCACGCCCCGCCCCAGCAUCGCCGAUUCGCCGCGGCAGCGACAUCUCGCCGGGCACCGGCCAUGGGCGCGUCCUCCUCCACCGCCAACGCCUCCCCGGAGGCGCACGAGCGGCGGGAGCAGGAGACCCUCGCCUCCGCCGCGCUCGCCCUCCCGCUCCUCCGCGCCGCCUUCUCCCGCGCCGCCACCACCGCCAGCGCGCUGCCGGACGCGCUCGCCCCGCCGCGCGCCUCCUUCCGCCUGCCCGGAUCCCUGCCGCCGCCGCCGCCGCACUUCCACGACCUCCUCGCGCGGCUCGGCCCCGCCGCCGCCUCCCUCUUCUUCACCGACGGAGCCGCCGCGGGGGCGGAGGGGGACGCCGGGUGGGUUCCCUUCCUCAGGGGGUUCAACCGCUGCUGCGCGCGCGUCUCGGCCUCCCGCUCGCUCGCGCUGCUGCUCCGCGUAUACGCCGCCGCGGGGGCACCCUGCGGCGUGCAGUUCCAGCCGGACGAGGGCGGCGACGAGGGGGGGAAAGUCGUGGGGGAGCUCGCGCCGGAGGAGAUCGCGGUAUUCCUCUGGAUGUGCUGGGUCAUGGCGUGGAGCGGGUCGGCCCCGAAGGUUGCGGCGGGUGACGGAGGGGAGAAGUCGGAGCCCGUGGUGGUGCUCCUCCCCGACGUCACGCACCUGGUACUGGCAGCUCUCGUCUCCGCGGGCGCCGUCGCUGAUGACGAGAGUGUUUGGGGAUGGGAGAUUUCCAGUGGCGGCAAGGGGGUGAAGGUCCAGGAGUUCACGUCGUGGGUGCUGUCCACGGCUUCGGGGCUUGGGAACUGCCUCUCGCGGUAUGUGCAGGAGAGGUUACGGUCGUUGGCGGCUGAUUCGACGGAGCAGGAGAACUCUGUUUCAACUGAUAACACGACAUUUGAUACUUCUGAUGUGUAUCUACUAACACGUGGAAGGGCAUGGGCAAUCGCUCUCAGCCUAAGAAACAAAUUGAGCGAAAAGUUCUUGCCAGGUUCUGUAAUUGGAAUGGACACAGAAGACCUUCUUUAUAGGUCUUCAGUUCAUGGAAAAGGACUGAGCCGGUUUUGGUCUGGUGUUGAGGGCUACAAUGGACCAAUGCUGAUUCUACUAUCAGCAUUCUCUAAAGGUGGUGUCGAGAAUGUUGAUUCUGGUCGAAGGUGGGUGAUUGGUGUAUUAACCGAGGAGGGGUUUGAGAGCAAAGACACGUUUUACGGUAGCUCUGGGUUCCUUUGUGCCGUGCAUCCAAUAUUCCACAUGCUUCCGCCAUCUGGUAAGGAGAAGAACUUUGUGUACAGCCAUCUACAUCCUCAGAUAAGGGUUUAUGAGGCAAAUCCAAAGCCUGUUGGCUUAGCAUUUGGUGGAACAGUUGGAAAUGAGAGGAUCUUUCUAGAUGAAGACUUCUCUAAAGUUGUAGUUCGCCAUCAUGCUGUUGACAAAACUUACCAACAUGGUUCUCUCAUUCCCAGUCAGGGUUACUUACCAGUUGAGGCUUCAGUGCUUGAUGUUGAGGUAUGGGGACUUGGUGGAGAAGCAACAAGACGGCAACAGAAUGUGUACAAGAAGAGGGAGAAUAUUUUCUCAGAGCAGCGAAGAAAGGUUGAUCUCAAAACCUUUGGCAACUGGGAAGACUCCCCAGAGAAAAUGAUGAUGGAUAUGAUCUCUGAUCCAAACAGGGUCCGCCGGGAAGAUCGUUGAAAUUUGUUUUGCGGCAAAAAAUGAUCUGUUAAUGUUCGGUGGCUGCCCGUACAGAUACGGACAUGAGAACGGAGAAUAUUGUUAGCUCCAUGCCUUGUGGAGAUGUAGAGAGGUCGGUGCACAUAUUUGCUUGCCCAUUUGUGUGGGCCACACGUGACACGUCAUUGAGGUUGUGUAUUAGAAAGAGGCUUGUACUGAACAUCGUUUCAAUAAUAAAAAUCGAGGUUCCCUCUGUUCCCGUAAUUUCAUUUUAUGGGAAGCGA